UUACACGUCUACUUUUAACGCAUCCGAUCCAAGCGGUGGCCCACCGUUUUCUCAUUUGUGAGAGUAAUCCGCUGCACUUCAACCCCUCCCCUUUACUCCCACUCGAUCUUCUAUAGUUUUGUUCAUGGUCGCUUGAGAGAGUUUCAGCCUCGAACAAAUCAUCAGUGUGUAUCGUCGUCGUCACCACCAAGCCUCCAUUGUCCAAAUCUAAAGAAGCCGACGUCGGUUUCAAUUAUCCAAACCCAUCUCCGCAGAAUCCCCUCUCCAAACGCGCUCUCGUUCUGUAUCUCUCCCGAUCGAUGUGUGGAUACACACAUGUAGAGAGAGAAAGAACAAUUUAUCAGUGGAGAGAGAGCGACGAAGCGGCCGCAAUUGGGAAGCCCUCUUCGUGGUUCUUGGGCCAUCUGGGUGAAAGUUUUUCCCGCGAGGAACGGUGAAAGAUCUCAUGAUUUUCCUGGUUUAAUUGUUUACGUCAAUGAGAAGCCAUCACUGUUAAGAACUGUGAUAUAUAUAUAUAUAUAUAUAUUUAUAUAUGAUGGCGAGUAACAGGCAGUUGAAGGCAAUCCGGAGAGAGGCGAUCACGCCAUGCAUGACAUGUCCCAUCUGCAAGAAGCUCCUGAGAGAAGCCACCACCAUAAACGAGUGUCUUCACACCUUUUGCAGGAAGUGCAUUUACAACAAGAUAACAAAAGAAGACUUGAAUUGCUGUCCAGAGUGCAAUGUAUAUCUUGGUUGUGCUCCAUUGGAGAAACUAAGGGCAGAUCACAGUUGGGAAGAUCUGAGGGCAGAAAUCUUUUCUAUGGUAAAAAAAAACUCUAAGGAAUCACAAGGUGGAUGUUCUAGUCCAUCGCUUGCUCCAGUAGAGUCCAAUCAUUGGGAAGAAGCGUUUUCUUUUCCAUUGCCUCACAGAAGAAAGGAGAAGUCUCUCUCUUCUUUGGUUAGCCCACCCAAAGAACCAGACCGGACUGCUAUCACAGGAAAAAGGAAAUAUACAAGAAAAGUCCCCGCUGCAAGAGGACUAACUUUAUCCAUAAAUGAGCCUACUAAGAAAGAAGAACACAACCCUGAGAACUCAUGCUCUCCUCCAACUCUGAGCAGAAUUGUGCAAAGUCGAAAGCAGAAUUUCUCUGCUGGUAAGUCCAAGCAACACAUGCCUCAUAAGGUAGCAGAGUCCCCUGUUGAACCAUUGGAAGGGAUGGCUGAUUUGUGGAAACCCCUAAAUUGCCUUGUUGAAGCUGCAGGCAUGGAAAGGCCUAGCAAGCCUACAUUGCUUGGAUCAGUUGGAAAAUCAUCGGCAUUCCAUGCCUAUGAAGGUGAACAAGCGAACAAAUCCAAAUAUAAAGAACUAGAUAACAAGUUCCAUGGCGAUGAGGUCCAACCAAAUGCUAUGCCAUCAAGUUCAGUAAAACCUAGAAAGGUUUAUGGGGAUCGGCCAAAGAAAGCCUCAACCUCUGAAGGGCCAAAUAUUGCAUCACAAGCUGUUGUGAAUGCUACGCGCACUACAUGCUGUGGAAGAGUUAAUGCAAUUUGGUUCUCCCUAAUUGCAUCUGAUGCGCAGGAAGGAGAUGCACCCUUGCCGCAGAUACCUUCCAGCUACUUGAUGGUGAAGAAUCCAUGUCUGCCUGUUUCAUUCAUCCAGAAGUAUCUCGUGCAAAAGCUCGGUCUUAUCAGUGAAGAUGAGGUGGAGGUCAUGCUGCAUGGUCAGGUGGUGCCUCCCGUCUUGUUACUGCAGCAAUUGAUGGAGCUGUGGUUGCAGACAAUGCCAAGAUCCGAAAGAAUGAGGACUACUGUUGGCAGCUCAGCUAAGGACUUUGUGAUGGUUCUGCACUAUGGUCGAAAGACUCGGCCCUCUUGAACAUGUUUCAGCCAUGCAUACUGCAUAGACCCCUCUCAACUCUAGAGAAACAGUGAAACCCCCAACCCCCCUGGUUCAGACUUUUAUUAUCCUAUACAUUUCCAUGGAAGAAAGUUGAAGUGUGUACAGGUUUGAAGUUCAGUCAUUGUAUGGAUGCAGAUGCUGUUUUCGAACAUUUGUGUUUGUUAAUGUUACCUGUGGAUUGGUCUUUGUUCCAUUUUGGUUACAUCUUGUUGCCUUUAAGCAUAAA